AAGCCCGCGCUAUCCGAGUGGCGGGAAACCCAAUUUCCAUUUAGAGUGGGAAACCCUAAUUCACUCAAAUUUCAAAACCCCCCCUAUUUCUUCCUUUCACAGCACACUUCCUCUCCUUAUUAUCCCCUCCCCGCUCCCUACUUCCAUUUCCUCAACCACACACAGUUUCCCCUCUUUCUCUCUAUAUAUAUCUAUAAUCUAUAUCUAUCUAUCUAUAUCUAUCUGUAUCUAUAACAAUUAGAAGAAGAAAAGAUGUAUGUAAUUAAGAGAGACGGACGUCAAGAAGCCGUACACUUUGACAAAAUUACAGCGCGGUUAAAAAAAUUAAGUUACGGAUUAAGCAUAGAUCACUGCGAUCCAGUUCUCGUUUCACAGAAAGUAUGUGCUGGUGUUUAUAAAGGCGUUACCACCAGUCAGUUAGAUGAACUCGCCGCUGAAACCGCCGCCGCCUUAACCGCUAAUCAUCCUGAUUACGCUUCUUUGGCUGCGAGGAUAGCGGUUUCGAAUCUGCAUAAGAACACGAAGAAAUCGUUUUCUGAGACGAUAAAAGAUAUGUACAAUCAUGUUAGUGAGAGAUCUGGGCAGAAGGCUGCUCUUAUUGCUGAUGAUGUUUAUGAAAUCAUAAUGAAGCAUGCUGCUCGGCUAGACAGUGAGAUUAUAUAUGACCGGGACUUUGACUAUGAUUUCUUUGGUUUCAAAACCCUUGAGAGAUCUUAUCUUUUGAAGAUCAAUGGGAAGGUUGUAGAAAGACCUCAACACAUGUUAAUGAGAGUUGCUGUUGGGAUUCAUAAGGAUGAUAUUGAUUCUGUUCUCAAGACAUACCACUUGAUGUCACAGAGAUGGUUCACCCAUGCAUCUCCCACCCUUUUCAAUGCCGGAACACCAAGGCCUCAACUGAGUAGCUGUUUCCUGAUAUGCAUGAAAGAAGAUAGCAUUGAAGGCAUAUAUGACACGUUAAAGGAAUGUGCUGUUAUUAGCAAAUCAGCAGGAGGAAUUGGUGUUUCUAUUCAUAAUAUCCGUGCAACUGGAAGCUACAUACGUGGAACGAAUGGAACAUCCAAUGGCAUUGUGCCAAUGCUGCGUGUGUUUAAUGAUACUGCCCGAUAUGUUGAUCAAGGAGGUGGCAAGAGGAAGGGUGCCUUUGCUGUUUAUUUGGAGCCAUGGCAUGCUGAUGUAUUUCAAUUCCUAGAUCUAAGGAAGAAUCAUGGAAAGGAAGAGCAGCGGGCCAGGGAUUUGUUUUAUGCUCUCUGGAUACCAGACCUUUUUAUGGAAAGAGUCCAAAGUAAUGGCAAUUGGUCCUUGUUCUGUCCAAAUGAAGCUCCAGGUUUGGCUGAUUGCUGGGGAAAAGAAUUUGAGAACCUGUACACCCAAUAUGAAAAACAGGGGAAAGCAAAAAAAGUUGUGCAGGCACAAAAUCUCUGGUUUGAAAUUUUGAAGUCCCAGAUUGAAACUGGGACCCCUUAUAUGCUUUUUAAGGACUCUUGCAAUCGUAAAAGCAACCAGCAGAAUCUUGGUACCAUCAAGUCAUCAAAUCUGUGCACUGAGAUUAUUGAGUACACAAGUCCAACAGAAACUGCUGUAUGUAAUUUGGCAUCAAUUGCAUUACCACGAUAUGUCAGAGAAAAGGGAGUUUCAGCAGAAUCCCAACCAUCAAAGCUUGUGGGUAGUAGAGGUUCUAGCAAUCGCUACUUUGAUUUUAACAAAUUAGCCGAGGUCACAUCAACUGUUACAACAAAUCUGAACAAAAUCAUUGAUAUGAAUUAUUACCCUGUUGAAACUGCAAAAACAUCAAAUCUUCGACACAGGCCUAUUGGUAUUGGGGUCCAAGGUCUUGCAGAUACUUUCAUCUUGCUUGGUAUGGCAUUUGAUUCCCCUGAGGCUCAACAAUUGAACAAGGACAUAUUUGAAACAAUAUACUACCAUGCUCUGAAAGCUUCAUCUGAGCUGGCUGAAAAGGAAGGCACAUAUGAAACAUAUAUUGGAAGUCCUGUUAGCAAGGGAGUUCUCCAACCAGACAUGUGGGGAGUAACACCUUCAGAUUUAUGGGACUGGAAUGCUCUGCGUGAAAUGAUAUCCAAGAAUGGGGUGAGGAAUUCACUACUUGUUGCCCCAAUGCCAACUGCUUCAACAAGCCAGAUACUUGGAAAUAACGAGUGUUUUGAGCCAUAUACUUCCAAUAUCUACAGUCGCAGAGUUUUGAGUGGAGAAUUUGUGGUGGUCAACAAGCAUCUAUUACAUGACUUAACUGAGAUGGGCCUUUGGUCUCCUACCCUCAAAAAUCAGAUGAUCUAUGAAGAUGGCUCUGUUCAAAAGAUUGCUGAAAUUCCCGAAGAUCUGAAGGCUAUUUAUAAAACUGUUUGGGAAAUCAAGCAAAGGACACUGGUAGACAUGGCUGUUGAUCGCGGAUGCUACAUUGACCAAAGUCAAAGUCUGAACAUACAUAUGGAUCAGCCAAACUUUGGCAAGCUUACUUCUUUGCAUUUCCAUACAUGGUCAAAGGGGCUCAAAACAGGGAUGUACUAUUUGCGUUCACGUGCUGCAGCUGAUGCAAUCAAGUUCACUGUUGAUACUUCUAUGCUCAAGGAAAACCAGAAGACUGCAAGCGAGGAGGAAAAAUUGAAUGCUGAAAUGUCCCAAAUGACAUGUUCUUUGUUAAACCGUGAUGAAUGUUUGGCUUGUGGGAGUUAAGUACGGCAUCAAAGUGAUGGUUUGUUUAUGUUACUAAUGAGGGGUUAGACAAGCUAUCUUAUUGCCUAAUGCAAUUUGAUUCUCUAGUGAAGUUUAUAUCUCUAUCUGUUUUGUAUAUAUAUGAAAGUGGUGUAAGGAUGUGUUUACUUAUUAUGUCUAAUUAUGAAUGUGUUUGGAUAAA